AUGUCUGCCCGCGCGGUGGGCCGGAGUGCUCGUGCUCUGUGGCUCAGGAAUGACCUCCGCCUUGACGACAACCUUGCGCUGAAGGCGGCAGCGGAAGGUGCCGAGUCCUUGCUGCCUGUCUUUGUGUUCGACCCCUCUCGCUUCAACGUGCCGACACUGGCAGGUGCACGAAAGUGCAACGCCCGGCGUGCCCGCUUCUUGCUGGAGAGCGUGGAGUGUCUCCGCCGGCGCCUGGAGAGUGUCGGCUCGGGUCUGGCCGUGGCACUUGGGCCUCCACAAGAGGUGAUUCCGAAGCUCUGCGACGGCUGCAGUGCUGUGGCCGUCACGCAGGGCUAUUGCAGUGAAGAGCAGCGAGAAGAAGCCCUGGUGGCCAAGCGGCUCCGCACAAUGGGUGCAGAGCUGACUACUGUUUGGGGAGGCACGCUCUACAUGCCGGAGGAGUGUGGACAGAACCCUCGCAACACACCGCUGCUUUUCACGUCUUUCAAGAACAAGGCCGAAGGCCGCGGCCAAAUCAGGAAUCCGGUGCCCGCGCCGAAGCAGCUGCCUUCCCUCCCGAAGAAGCAGGGCGAGCUCGAGACUGCCUUAGGUUUCCUGCCGACUCUGCAGCAGCUUGGAUACGACGACAGUGAGGUCGCCGAAGCGAUGCAAGAUGAUCCGAGAGGUGUUUUGCCGUUUCGAGGCGGCGAGGAUGCAGCGCUGGCACGGCUGCAGAAAUGGAUGUUCGAUGAUAACCACCUGAAAGACUAUUUCGAAAUCCGGAACGGCAUGCUUGGCGAAGGGUACUCCUCUAAGCUCAGCCCGUGGCUGGCACUUGGCUGCAUCUCCCCUCGACGGAUCUGGUCCGAGGCCCAGCGAUACGAGACGGAAAGGCGCAUCAAGAACAAGUCGACAUACUGGCUCAUUUUUGAGCUGACUUGGCGAGACUUCUUCAUCUACAUGGCGUUGAGUCAAGGAGACAAGAUUUUUGUCCCUGGGGGGGUCUCCGGUGACAGGACUCCUUGGCGAGGCUCUGCGGACAAGCUCGAAAGGUGGAAGGAGGGCAAAACAGGGGACCCUCUUGUCGAUGCGAACAUGCGCGAGCUCGGCGCCACUGGCUUCAUGAGCAAUCGAGGGCGGCAGAACGUAGCAAGCUUCUUGAUUUUCGACUUGGGCGUAGACUGGCGCUAUGGCGCUGCACACUUCGAAGAAUAUCUGCUAGACUACGACCCCUGCUCCAACUGGGGCAACUGGGUGGCAGCCGCCGGUCUCACAGGUCAGCGAAUCAAUAAGUUCAACACCAAGAAGCAGCUUUCAGACUAUGAUCCGCAGCGCGAGUAUGUCAACCACUGGCUGGGUGGCGAUCGCAAAGCCGUCCUGCGACCAGGUCCCAAUUCUGAGGCUGACAAGGGAUAUGGCCGCGGCAAGGGAAAGGAUCACAGAGAUAGAGAUGGGGCUGGAGAAGGUGGUGGAAAACGAGGGCGAUGGACACGCAGUGAGAAGGGCAAGGGGAAAGGUGCUGCGGGCCAGAAGAGGUCCUUCUACAGUCAGGAGGAUGACCGAAUGGAAGACAUGGUGCUCACGGCCCUCGCGCAAUCGAAGGACGAGAAUCUGCUGCAAGAGUGCAUCCAGGCCUUUACGGAUGUGGCCACCGUUGAGCCCGAUUUCUUCAAGGCACAGCUGCAGCAGACAAUGGAGCCGGCGAAGUUCAUGGCGACUGUUGCGCGGACUCGUGAGAUCGAUUCUGGCCUGCGUGGCCUUGCGAUAGAGUGGCUCGUCAGCUUCGUGGAGAAGAGGUCGAAAUUCCUCAGCAAGUCUGCACCAGACUUUAUCAAUCUGACACUUGAGUGCUGCAUGAGCCUCAUGCUCGAGGUUGACGAGUCUGAAGACAAGCUGAAGGCCGUCGAGUGUUUCUUUGCCUGCCUGCUUCAGCCUUCAAGUGCUGUCUGGGCGAGCAGCCGGCCCUUGGGGUCGGCGGUGAAGCAACCCGAGGAGGUGGAAGACGUGCCUUUAGAUGACGACACCGAUGUCAAUGUAGGAGCAAGCAGAGCUGCUUCCACGAACCCAGGUGCUUCCGGUCCGAGUGCAGCGCAGCUGCAAGCAGAUCCAGAUGCGCCGAAGUUGGUGAUGGCCUCUCGCGGCCUCAGUGGCCUGAUCGAGAGCGUAGGCGGAACGCAAGUCGAGGAAGAAAUACGAGAAAACACUGUUCUCCUGAACGUGUACGAUGUUAGUGACAGUGAUGUCAUCCAGAGGGUGAAUCGCAUCCUCACAGUGGAUGACAAUGUCCUUGCCGGAGGAGUCUUUCACGCCGGUGUGGAGGUUUACGGAAAAGAAUGGUGUUAUGGCGCGACAGUGCCGGGGAGAACUGGUGUGGGGGCAGUGAAACCGCGCAUGCACCCACAGCACAGGUACCGUGCCACUGUGAAUAUGGGCCAAACCCAGAAGACGCCACAAGAAGUGAACCAUCUUCUUGCAGGCAUGGCAGCACAAUGGCCUGGUAGCUCGUACGACUUGAUCCAUCACAACUGCCUCAGCUUCUGCAAUGUUCUGCUCGGUGAGCUCGGCUUGAGGCGAAUCCCUGGUUGGGUGGAUCGAGCGGCUCGGGCUGCAAGCCAGGUGGAUAAUGUCGUCAAAGCAGUGAGGAGCAUCAGCACCGAUGAGGUGACGGUGCAGGCGGAGGAGAGGCUACAGAGCUUGAGGCGGGAGUCCUUCGCCGCCCUCGAGGCGGCCAAAGACGGGACGCAGAAACUCUUCGAGCGGGCCCAGGAGCAGGCGCAGCAACCACUGUCCGAGGUGCAAGACCUGGGUGUCAAAGCGAGCGAGCUGGCGGGCAAGGCACAGGAGCAGCUGCAUUCUGUGGGUGCGAGCCUUUGGCAGUGGGGACAAAAUCUCCAGGAGUCUGUCGGCAUGUCCGAGGCACCAGCACUCUCCGAGAUCGGCAAGAAAGCGGAGGACAACUGGCAGACCCUGUCCGAGAACAUUUGGACGUGGGGUCAGUCUGUCACACAGGACCUGAAGCAGACCUUGGAAGGGCCCGGAGUUGCUCGCAAGCAAUCCUCAAAGACAGAGACUGCGAGCCAAAGGGAGGACAUGCGCUCCUCCUCGGCCGGACUCAUCAAGGCCCAGGAGACCAGCCUUUUGAAGCAGGGUCUGCUGGAGGACGAGGACGGGGAUGAUGUCAGCUCGCGCGAGGCAGAACUAGUGAAGGAGGCCCCCUUGGAGUGGGCGACAGGCAAGCAGUCUGGGAAGGGAACCGCCGACUUCAAUCCUCCGCCCCGCGGGCAGGACCUCCUUGAUGGCGACGGCCCAGGACCAGCAAAAGAGGCAUCGCAGGCUGCCGUCAGCUUGCUCGAUUGA